UCGGCCCAGGAUGACCAAGGAUCCCACCCAUCUUGGUUAAUUUGACAACACAAAGGACUUCGCCGAACCCAAAAGAAACCGCCUACUAUUCCAAAUAAGGGUCGUCUCUCCAUGUACGGCAAACAAUCGGCUGGAGUGCCCUUUUCUCUUCCGUAUCCCGUUUAUAUGAUCGGGGAGACUGUGCUGCAAGUUACAGCGGUGCAAUCAUGGCGGAGCGAGUCCAGCAGCCCCCGGCCAAGCGGCUCUGCUGCAGGCCCGGCUACAACCCGGCAUGCAGACAGGGACAGCGGGCUGGAGGAGUACUGUGUGGCGGUCCGGGGUCCGCUCCAGGGGGAUCGGGAAAAACACACAACCCCGAAUCGCUGCUAGACAUAGCGGCGCGGAGAGUCGCGGAGAAGUGGCCCUUCCAACGGGUGGAGGAACGGUUCGAACGUAUUCCAGAACCCGUCCAGAGAAGGAUCGUAUACUGGUCCUUUCCGAGGAGCGAAAAGGAGAUCUGCAUGUAUUCUUCCUUCAACGCCGGAGGAGAAGAGAGUGGAACUAGCGGGGAAAAUCAUGAAGAGACUCAGCUGCCUUUCCUACGGGGUGUCACUCUGCUGGAGGGCGGCUGGGUGGACAACGUACUGCAAGUCGUGACACUGACUCUGAAUGGGAGCCCCCAGUGCCAAGGUGUCCAUCCCCCACUGAAGCUGGUUCAUCCAGCUCCUGCCACAAGUGGUGUUCAUCUGCCCAAAUGUAUUUCUGCAGCCAUGGAUGUGCUAUGGCACCUGGCAUCAGCAGCAUAAUAUUGUGUAGAGGACUGAGGGUCUUCCUAAUAUUGAAAGUGUUAUUUUGUAAAUGUAUAUAUUUUUUUCCCCAUGUUUUUUUUUCUCAAUUUUUUUUUUUUGG